AUGGCCUUCCAACGGGUCGCCUUAAUCACAGCCGGUACAGCAGGGUUGGGAGCACAGGUAGCACGUAUACUAGCACCCGACUUUAGAGUUGUCGUCAACUACGCAAACAACAGCCAACGCGCCGAGUCUGUGGUCUCGGAACUGAAGGAGAUCCCUAACACUUCUAACUCCGACGACCAGCCGCGCUUCGCGGCCAUCCAAGCCGAUGUAGGCGACCGGGCAUCGAUCCAACGGCUGGUCUCGGAGACGGUAAAGCAAUUCGGAAGGCUAGAUGUCGUAGUCUCAAACGCCGGAUGGACACGAAUAACAAAUUUCUCCGAUCUUGAGGAGGCCAUGGUGGACGAAGACUGGGACAAAUGCUUCUUGUACAAUGUCAAAGCUCACCUCUGGCUUUGCCACGCUGCGAAGGCGGAACUGGAGAAGACCGAAGGCGCUUUCAUCACCACCGCCUCGCUUGCUGGCGUAAAGCCGAGCGGUAGCAGCUUGGCCUACUCUGUUACAAAGGCUGCAGCAAUUCAUCUGACUAAAGGACUGGCUGUCAUCUGUGCGCCGAAGAUACGGGCAAAUACGGUGAGUCCGGGACUGAUCUUGACUGAAUGGGGUAUGAAGUUCAGCGAGGAGAAGCGCGAGGGGGCCAAGCAGGGGACGAAGCUGAAGCGGUUGGCUACUGUUGAGGAUUGCGCGGAUGCGGUACGAUUGCUUGCUACCAGUCGGUCGAUGACCGGCCAGAAUCUACUCGUCGAUGGUGGUACCUCAGUAUAA